CGCAGGCCGCACCACGGCAGGCAAGUGGUACCGAGCCGUGACGCCUCACGUCCGCUCAGAGGAUAGAGACAGCCUCACAGACUGGCAGCGUGCCUAUGACAACAGGUUCAUGGUGACCUCCUUAACCUACAUGCAUCGGCAUGUUGGAGAAUGUGUAGCACAAGCUCACCGUACUCACUUUGAAAAGCAGGAAUAUUUUCGCAAACACGAGCUGCCCAACCUGACUUGGAUGGACCUUCACAGGAUGACGCACGACCGCUCGAUCCGGCAACGACAACCUGCGUACUAUGGCGAUGUUGGUGGACCUCCUCGAAUUGGAGUGCUGGGAAAGAGCUUCAAGUAGGGCCCAGACCCAAGACCUCUGGUGGUGCUUCUCGGUUUGAAGAGUGACAGUCUGCAAUCUCUUGCAAGGGCACUCACAGCUAGGAGACAGUCUCAUACAAUUUAUUCAUACAGUGACAGUUCUCAUCUUGGAAGUUUUGAGACAUUUUGAGACAGGCCGGGCAUUGGGGUGCGGAGUCUGAGCCAACUAAAACUCUGACGCGAAGCGCAGAGUGUUAGGUUUCACAGCGGUGGCCAACGAAAAUCACGAUGAUCUAAAUGAUCUAAAUUCCUCCGCUUAGUCCAGCCAUGUUCAGCCACUCGAGUGAAAAUCGAAUUG